ACCAUAUUGCUCGCAAGCAUCGUAAACAAACCGUAACUGGCGUAAUUUCAAUCGUACCUUUUGCCGCGUUAUUCUUUCGCCGCGACAUAAUAAAGUGCGUCUCGCGAGUGAUUAACAUCGAUAGUGUCAUGUAGAGUAUCAUACGUUCGUAAUUAACGGUGUGUUUGAAUGAUGUCGUGCGUGUGCCAUGAAGGAUCGAGCCUCACAUCGAGGGAAACAACAAGAAAGGAGCGAAGGAGGAGGCUCGCGGAAGGCGUUGGGCGACAACAAUUAUGGAGUCUCUGCUGUUUAUUCCCCUGCGUCCCUCGUCCUCGCAUCGAUCGAAUCGGAUAAUUAUAACACUGCGGCCGGUGCUGCGGUUCGAAGGACGACGACGAUGACGACGGCGACGAGGAGCGGUGUGGCGGCCGGAGUGAGAAUUUCAAUCUCGUGCUCGUUGGCGAAUUUCGGAUACUCGAGGUGCCAGCAAUUUCCCCCGACGACAAAUACAAUUUCCAGUAACAAAGCGGAAAACGAGACGAACAAGAUCAUCAGUUACGCGCGCAGUUUCGUCAAAGGAUCGUUGAGAAAGCUGAAAGGCGCUUUUGACUCGAAUUGACAUUAAAAAUAAAUCAAAUGAAAGAACAUUGGCUGAUUUAAGAAAAAUUCAAGCGAGAAUAUGAAAGGCAAGUGCAAGCUGUUAGUG